AUGUCAGGCACGGAACUAGGCCCAGAACUACCUGUAAUCGUGCCUGAUGAGUCCCCCUUUGACGGUGGCGAAACCAAGGAACUCUUUCCACUCGAUUCAUAUGCUCUACAUAUUGCCACCCGGGUCAUCGCGACCGCAGAACUCCUCGACCUGAUUCUCUCGUUCAUAGAACGGAUCGACCUCGCCAAAACUGCAUUAGUAUCGCAGGUCUGGCUCGAAAUAUCUCGCCGGCACAUCUGGCAGGAGGUCGAGAACGCAUGGGAGUUAUUUGCGCUGCUUGCACCCCUGGGACCACUCCGCGGACACCAAGGCUAUGAAUUCGAGCGUGUACCUAGCCAUCAAGACUGGCUUCGGUUCCAGCCAUUCGCGACGCGCGUGCGCAAGUUGCGCAUAGAAGGUGUCUCCGGCGAGGACGAUUACACGAAAGUUGUCUCGUCUCUCUUGUCAAAACUAGCGUACACACGUUUAUGGCAUCCCGUCCUACCUAACCUGAAACAACUUGAGUGGUAUCAAGACGAACACCUCGCGCAGAUGUCGCUUUUCCUCCACCCUGGAUUGGAAGAGCUGAUCAUGUACGUACCUAUGCAUGGGCUCCCGGGAUACACCAUCGAAACCAUAUGCGACGACAUCGCGUGGAAGGCACCAAACAUAAGAUAUCUGGAGCUGGUACCCAUGGAGAGCAUCUCCUCGUCGCCUAUCGAAGUCGCGCUCAGCAGUCUUCUAUCGCAUCUCGACGACAGUCUCCAGACGCUAUACCUCCCCAUCUACGGUCUCACCCAAGUAGUCUUCGAGACCGCAAGCCGGCUACAACACGUCAAGGAGAUCGCCUUUUCGACGACGCAGACGCCCACUGUGGUAGCCCUGUACUCUGAUGUUCUUGUCUUUACGCCACAUCUGGAGCCCAACGCAUUCCCUGCCUUGCGAAAGCUAUCCGUCAGCGCUCCUUUGGCGGACCUCAUAGAGAUCCUGACAAACCCCGACUUCCCAGCCAGCAGAAUCACGGACUUUCUCGUACGCGCGGCACGGCCUGAAACGCCAGCUGCCGUCGAGGAUUUUCACGCAACCGUUGCGCGCGAAUGCGGCUCGCUCAACAUAUACUCGCUCGUUCUCAGCGCGCCAAACGACGAAAAGGAAGAAAAUGCGCGCUGGGUCGAGUCGCCUUCGCCGGACACCGCCUUGAGCUGGACUACCCUGGCCCCACUCGCCAGCGCUGGCAGCUUACGCGGUCUUGUCAGUAUCGCCAUUGCGCAUGAGCACGCGUUGAAGCUCUCAGUUCACGAACUUGCAAACUUCGCGCGUGCUUUGCCGACUCUGGAGUACCUCGUCUGCAACCCGUCACCCCAUGCGGUCGGCGAUAUUCCACCCGGCAUCAAGCUCAUAGAGCUCGGUAUCCUCGCCGAUGCCAUGCCGCGCGUCGAAACGCUGGAACUCUACGUUGACGCCUCGGACGCCACCAUCGACUAUCCCGCCUGGUCGGAGAACCAAUUUCCGAACCUCCGCAACCUCUGGAUGGGCGCCUCGCCAGUCCACCUCGAAAGGAGAAAGGGCAUAUCCCUCUUCCUGGCCGCGCUCCUGCCGCUUGGAGCACGCAUCGACACCGAGCGAUGGGAGAUUUGGGACUACGUUGCCCCAGAGGCGCGAUAUGCGAUCGAGUGGGAUCGGAUUGCCGAGGAUGUGGCGUUGUUGAUGGAGUCUAGGGCUGUACUGGCGAAGGCAAUAAUGAAUGUCGCUAAAGGUCGAGCGAUUUGCGCAUAG